AAGACGGGACAGCCACCGACCUAGACCACAGUUCAAGCGCCUUUUAUCUCAUUCGUUAAUUACCCAAUGUGCUUACCAGUGGCGGCUUACAGAGCCUCACUCCUAUUGGCAUAGUCUUGAACAAGGGUCGCAAAAACCUGCCAUGUCUGUUCUGCCAUAUAUAAUCAAUCAGCCAUCACGAUGCUGAACUCAUCUUAUGACCUAAUCGCAGCCACCACGCUAAACAGCACAAUGUGAAAGGCAUAAGAAAGGAUAUAUAUAUGUCGUAACGUACGCAUAGAACAAAUAUAAUUUACCAACAAUCAUAGUACAAUUCCCAGUACCUAAUUACUACACAAAUACAAAAAUACAAACAAUAACAACUUAUUCUUUCACCCUAUAAAAUGUUGAGUAUGAGGAUUCUUUUAACAGGCGCAAAUGGUUACAUUGGAGGAGCAGUCCUAGAUUCUCUUCUCGCCGAUGACUUCAUCACGGUGAAUAAAUCCAACGUCUCUGCCCUGACAAGAGCGAGUGGAGCUGCAUCUGUGAAGGCUAAAGGUCUCGAGCCUAUAAUAUUCAACAGCUUGGACGAUACUGAUGUCUUGGCUGAACUUGCCAGCCAACACGACGUUGUCAUCCACUGUGCUUCGGGCUUCCACACCCUCUCUGCACGAGCCUUGAUAUUAGGUCUUGCGCAGAGAAAGAAACAGACCGGCAACGACGUCUACUACAUCCACACUUCUGGCACAUCCAACAUUGCCGAUCGACCUAUUUCCAAGACAUUCUCUGAAUUAAACUACCCUUUGUCUGACAAAGAUGAUAUGUUCUCUUACCUGAAGAGCAGAGACUCGGCCGUUCCAUACGCCCAGCGUACCAGCGAUGUUGUUGUGACUGAGGUCGGCGUCGAGUAUGGCGUCAAGACGUACAUCCUGAUGUCUCCCUCUCUUUACGGCAUUAGCACAGAUCCGCUUCACGAGUUCUGCCACACACCUAUCCUGAUCCGCAAGUCAAUCCUCCUAGGCAACACUCCUGUUGUUGGUGAUGGUGCUGGCAGUUGGGAUAACCUUCACGUCCUGGACAUGGCGCGCGCUUACAAGCUCGUUCUCUCGAAGAUAUUGAGCGGUGCAGGUGCAGACAUUCCCCACGGCAAAGAUGGGGUCUAUUUUCUGCAAGAUGGCCAUCAUACAUGGCUUGAGCUUGCUCAAAUGGUCGCAAAGGCUGGCGUGGAAGCUGGCGCUCUCAGGACCACCGAGCUCAAGCAACUUUCCCUGGAGGAAGCCACUAGAAUAUUAACUGGCGGCAAAAAUCUCCUGGCCGAGAUCGGCUGGGCUUCCAACGCUCGUACUUCAGGUGACAAGAUCCGUGCACUAGGCUGGGCACCUCUGAGGAGUGCUGAUUUUGAAACCCAUGCCGCUCUAGACUGGGUAAAUAUCUUGGCAGAUAUCAAGGCCAAGGAGGCAGCUGCGAGCUCUACUAGAUAGUCCUUCUGAUUUACACGAGUUGCGUAGUUUAAUGUCAGGGUCAAAUCUCUAAAUAUACGUCCAGUUAUCACGCCAAAGCGAGUAGAUCUAAUGGUUUUACUCUAUGCAAUUAGCCAUGAUCCCGAAAUAUAUACUUACGCUACGCUGAAACUAUAUUACCUAAGGGUAUGCUAGUCAGAAGACUGACGAGAAAUUGACACGAAAACGAUUCGUCGCCUCACCCCGCUCACCCUCAAGGAGGCAAGGGGCUCAGAUUCCACACUAUGCCUAUUAGCAC